AUGGACUACAAGCCACCACCCGGCCCGCCGCCAGGGUAUAACGCUUAUGCACCACCACAGGGCCCGCCUCCGUCUAAGCAAAACCAGCAACAAGAACAACCUCCUCCCUACCAUGACUGGACCGUGAUCCCCGACACAGCACUACUCCCGCCUCCACCCACCCUCAGCUACGACUCCUCGCCAACCGCCAAUGCCUCCCUAGAAGACGGAGACAGGGCAUACGCCUGGUGCAAAGCCAACCCGCUAUGGGCGCCCCGGCCGCUUACCCCAGCCCAGUAUGCCGCAAUACAGAACGGACAGCUUAACCUGAUGAGGCCGCCUGAACGAGGUUUCAUUGGCGAUCUGUUGCCUCAACGGACGCCUGGCCACUGGAAAGGCCGUACGCACGCCAAUUGCCGGGACUCGUGUGUUCUCACAAUGCUGCCUGUCUAUUCUGCACUGCACGACAAUUCCUUAAACAGCAGAAGGCCCAAGACGAUCUAUUUCGAGCUCAAAGUCCUGGGCAUCGGCCGUGAGUCCCGCAGCCGCUCUUUCGAGGAAGCAGACGCAGGCAUUGCCAUCGGAUUUGCAGCGCCGCCGUAUCCGACGUGGCGUAUGCCUGGCUGGCAGCGCGGUAGUUUAGCUGUUCACGGUGACGACGGUAGAAGAUAUGUCAACGACACGUUCGGUGGCAUCGAUUUCACCUCCGCGUUCCAGCCCGGCGAGACCGUGGGGAUUGGUAUGAGAUUCGGGGUUCCGAGCAAGCCGCCGGGUUAUAGCCAGCAGGGAGCGCCAACGCUGGAUAUUGAGGUCUUCUUCACGAGGAAUGGCAAGGAUGUCGGCGGAUGGGACCUUCAUGAACAGCUUGAUGAGCGGAUUGAGGGUGGCACGAUUGGCUUGGAGGGAGAGUGCGACAUCUUUGCUGCUGUGGGCGUGUUCGGAGGCGUGGACUUUGAGGUCUUCUUUGGGGAGAGGGAUUGGCUGUACAGACCCGAGAGGUAG